CAACUUGCUUUGUCUGUUUUCUCUGCAAAAAAGGCAGCAUGGGGAUAAUUCCUUUUAGGGUUUUCAUCUACACUAUGAACCCUAUCUAUGAGCAAAAUAUGAGCUCAAACGGAGGGUAUCAGUUGGUGAGGUUCCCUCAUUAGGGGAUCAACUAAAAUAUCACAAAAAAUUGCGCAUUCGAAAUUCAAGCCGGGCACCUCGAAUAUUAACUAGUCGUUCAAGCAAGGAACAAUUGACUACUAUCGUCACGAUCUAUUAGGUUGGCAACUAAGUUCUUGCGUUCUUUUUUGAAAAUGUUUUAAACUAUUCGAGAAAGAUCUAGAAGUUUCGAUACUAAGGGUAUAUAAAGGAAGUGUGAAUGUCUUUCGAAUGGUAAUAAAUUCAUCGAUAUGGAAGUUGACUAUGAUUUAAGAAUAAAUCUUUCUCGUAGAGAGAUACGAGUGCUUUCGAUUUAUGAAUCCCAUCUGGGCACAACGCAACGGAAGCAGCACACAACAUAUGCAGCACGAUGGGUAAUGAUGUACUCUCUAUUCGUACAACACAACAUUGGUUCAAUUGUCUUGAGAACGGUAGAACUCGAUGACUUACCUCGAUCUGGUAGACCAUUAGAAUUGGAUGUAGAUCUCUUAAAGCAACUCAUCGAACAAGAUCCUCGAUUGACCUCACGGUAUUUAGCAAAGCAGCUUGGCUGCUCCUAUACUGCGGUGGAAAAACAUCUGAACGAAUUAGGCAAGAGAUGGAAAUAUGGAGUUUGGAUACCUCAUGAGUUAUCAUCACAACAGCUCCAAUGCAGGGUCGAUGCUUGUAUGGAUUUAAUGACAUCUCAUCGUAACUAUCAAUGGCUACGCAGUCUUACCACUGGUGAUGAGAAAUGGGUGUUGUAUGUUAACUACAUGAACAGACGUCAAUGGCUAAGUCGUGAUCAAACAGGCGUAGCAACACCGAAGACUGCUCUACACCCUAUGAACGUGAUGUUAAGUGUUUGA